UUAGAAUAACAUAACAUAUUUAGUACAAAAGCAUUUUUGGCUGACUGACUCGUGUUUUGACACCUUUCUCUCUCAAUCUUUAUUUAAAAUUGUUAAUUAUUCAUUAAUUAAAAUUAAAAUUAAUUAAGGCAAAAUGGUUCUUCAAACGACACUCAAUAAUUUUCGGUGGAGUAUGGAAUACGUAGUUGUCAUUGUUGUAAUUAUCAUUGUCGUCGCAAAUUGUGAACGAAAUUCUCAUCGCGAAAAACUUGGAUUGCCGAGGCAGAAACUAAGUUAUAUUCCCCUAAAAACUCAUAUGGUAUCGAUAUCUGGACAUUCAUCCGGGGCAACGGCUGCGACACAUUUUUACUUGGCGAAUUCGAAGCAUGUGGAUGGAGUUGCAUUGUUUUCAUCAAUUCAUUACCAAUGUGGAAGUGGAGGUCUUUACACAUUAAUGCCAUGCCUGCUAGGACGAGGAAAUACGUCCGAUUCUGUGAGAAGUGCUGAAAAAUAUGCAACUGCUGGACUAAUUGAUUCGCUGGACAAUUUACGGGAAAAGCGGCAUUAUAUUUAUCACGGGACUCAAGAUGCUUUUAUACACUUUGACAAUGGUCUCAGAGUUUACCAAUUUUACAAGGCGUUCAGUAAUCAUGUGAAAUUUGAACAGUUUGAAACUCUCCAUGCUAUCCCCUCAAAAACAUGCGGAAUUCAAUGUACCGGUAUUCCAUCAACGCCUGGAAAUGGAUGUUCUAAAUGCUCGUUUUCUGUGGUUUAUGACGGUCUAAACUUCAUUUAUAAUGGAGAACUUGUAGAAUCCACAGCUACAACAUGUCGAGCAAAAUAUAACCACGAUGGUCUCACUUUAGUUGACCAGGAGGAGUUUAUCUCCCCCUUAGAUUCUACAGUGUCCAUGCUUUCUGACGCCGUGCUGUAUACGCCACCACAAUGUCGUGUCAAUUCCUCUCUGUGCAGUUUGCAUAUAGCAUUUCAUGGGUGUCGUCAUUCAAUACAAAACGAUGGACUGGAUUACAUAAAAUGCUCAGGGUAUUUAGAAACUGCCGACGCCAACAAUUUUAUAGUGCUCUUUCCCCAAGUCAAACAAUCCGCAAUUAACGCUAUUACGCUUUUCCAUUGUUGGGAUUUAUAUGGAUAUACGGGUCCACUUUAUGGUACCAAAUUAGGCAGCCAAAACCAAGUCGUGUUCAGAAUGGUGAGUCGUAUCAUGUACAAAGAAGACGAUGAGAAAGAUGUUCCCUCCGCGACUAAUCUAUCAACGUGGAAUAAUGAAGACUAUUAUUAUGAUUUGGAUCCUGAAAUUGUGUCAAAAAGUCGUUUUAAAAGUCGAAAUUAAUAAAAACAUAGCGUCUUUUAUCGAAAUGAA